AUGUCCAAUACGGAUCUCCAGCGGACCGAAUAUCUAAAUCUUCUGGCCUCGUUGCAGCCGGAGCAAGCCGUAAACAUCCUCAAUGACCGCGUCACUCUCAUCACAAAGAUCAACAAUGACAUUGCCGAUUGGCUUCAGGAACGUCGGAAGUUAGAGGAAGCCUACGUCGCGGGUCUACGGAAGCUUGCGCGAAGGCCGCAACAGGAUGGAGCUGUUGCUCUUGGCAUCUUUCAGAUGCCCUGGCAGCGCAUCGUCUCCGGUACUGAGAACCUCGCGGCGUCCCACGAAACCCUUGCGACCAAGAUCGAAACCGACGUCGAGACCCCCUUGCGCAAUUGGGCGACACGUAACAAAGCAAUGCAUAGCUUGAACACCGCGCAGGGGAACCUGAACACGAUUGCCAAGGACCUGUCCAGCGCUCAGAGAAAGGCUGCAAAAGGUGGAAGAAGGGCCGACACAGCCAGCACAACAGUGGAAGAUGCCUCACGUCAGUGGGAAGCUCAAGCACCUUAUGUCUUUGAACAGUUACAAGUGGUGGAUGAGUUGCGAGUCAACCUUCUGCGAGACGUCCUCACACAGUUCCAGACACACGAGGUGGACUGCGUCGAAAAGAACAAGGUCAGCGCCGAGUCAUGUCUGAACGCAUUGCUCAACGUUGAGACGGCCGACGAAAUCAACACAUUUGCAGCCAGGGCCGUCACCGGAGGACCACCUCCUGGUCCUCUGCGAAGGCUCAGCUCAGCGACGGCCGGUGGAAGACCGACCAGCUCCUCACUCCGCGCUCCACCAACGCCGCCGCCGCCCCGAGGCACGUCUGAUCAACGCUCAAAUUCUUUCGCCGGCCAAGACAGACUGGCGCCCUUGCCCGACACGCCGCACAAAGAGAAGAGCAAACUGGGCGGUCUCAAGCGUCUCGGUACUGUCAUGAAUAGAAGGAAGAGCACCGUUCCACCAGUGCCUUCUUCCACGGAAGAAAAGAGGAGAACACGGUUUGUGCCGUUCAGAAGAGGAGAUUCAUCACGAAGCUUCCAGGAUCUGGAAGAGUCAGGACAAGAUCUUACGCCAGCUGCAACUCAGGACCGACCAACAUCUUCGGUCUCCCAAGAUCGACGGCAAGAAGUUCCCAUCCGCGACAUGUCCGAGCCACCGCUGCCUCUGCCCUUGACAAAUGGAACUACCCAGUCACAAAGUCCUUUAGAAUCACAACCGUCUGUCGCUCCCACUCAACCUGGCCUCGCGGACAACAUCAGCACCCCACAACCUCAGUGGAGCAAUAACCCCUACCAACAAGCGGCGUUCCAACAGCCACCUGUCGCUGAGACCAUGAACCCCAUCAACCAGGCGCAGCAAGAGGCAGCCUUGGCUUCAGGCCCAGCAGACGAGUCGGGCCGGAAUUUCAUGAUUCGGGAUAAGCCAAUUGAAGAAGACGAAAGCGAGGCUCAAUUGGCGAUGAAUAACAUGGCCAACCAGCUACGUUCCCAAGCACAAAAUGCCGGCAUUAAUCGUGUCCAAGGCAGUGUAAGAGGACGAAGAGACGUGCGAAACACGAUGUACAUCCCGAGCAGCUCGGAGGCACUACCGCACACAGCUCGCGCUCCUGCGCCCAUGGCGAUACCAGAAAACGCCACCUCGCCCGAGAAUACCCUCGCAUCCCCUCUGCAACGACCAGCAGUAGUCGCAGCUUUGCAUGACGACCACGCUGCAAUGGGCUCCGACACGGCCUCAAUGCACUCAUCCCGAAGUCUGGCCGGCCCAAGCCCACAUCCAGACUUGCACGAGCCGGGCCUCAAUGCUUCUGUGAUCGAAACUGUACACUCCUGGUUUACCGAAGCCGGCAUCAGCAGGUCCUUCGUCCUCGGGGAAGUGGCACUCGCAUGCAACCCGACCGGCCUUGACGAUGCAGACACCGAAACGAUCCGGAUCCAACAUUUCGAAGUGCUCGACAAAGUUGCCGCGAACCCCAUAUUCAUAAGCCAGAUCAAGUCGUCUGAAGACUCGACAGCUCAAGCUGAGGAACGAGCCGGCUGUUAUUCUGUGCAGGCCUCGUCGUUGAGAAGACCGACGCCUAUGAUCUGCUUGAAGUACCAACUGCACAUGGAAGAGAGCAAUCUGGCUCAGUACAGUCCAGUAUUGAUCACACCAGCGUGGCAAAUCGUCGAGGGACAAGUGAGCGUGAUUGUGUUGUACAGCCUCAAUCCUGUCUUUGGAAACGAGCCAGUGACACUCCGCAAUGUGCAGAUCAGCGUGAGUCUCGAUACGACCGGCGAAGGGACCGGCAAAGCAAUGUCUGCCAUGAUGGCGCCAACCCAAGGUGCGAGUUUCCGUCGCAAGACAUCGUCGGUAGUGUGGCGCAUGAACGAGUUCACCAUCAAGCCCGAACAAGAGCGCCUCCUGGUACGGUUCAUGACCCAAGGCGGCCUCGCGAAGAAGGGGGGCGUCGAGGUGAAAUUCGAGAUUUCUGGACGAACGGCCAGCGGUGUUGGCGUGGAGAAGCUCGUUGCCAAAGAAAGCGAUCCCUUUGCCGAUGAUGGAGGCGCGGUUGAGAGCUGGGAGACGGUGCCGACCAGGUCGAAGUUGGUCAGUGGUCGGUAUACCGCCUGCUGA